AUGUUUAAAAGAAAAACUACAAAAGUUCUGAAAGAACUUGAAUUAUCGUUAAUAAAGUUACGUGGUAUUAUUAAUGAUGAAAAAGAAUAUAUAUUUGAGAUAGGAAAUAUGACUGAAGCAGAAAGAGUCUUGAUUGAUAAAGAAAUCGAUGAUACUUUUCAGAUUGUUAGACAUGAGUUUCAACUAGAUUUUGAAAAGAAGAUUGAACAAGAAACUUUCAAACGUUUAAAGAGAAAGUAUCCAGAUCAGAUUCAAAAAAUUAAUAAAAAACCAAAAAUUGAAAAAGCAAAAGUUAUCAUUUUAACAGGUGGAAUCGGAGUUGGAAAGACCACAUUUGGAGAAAAAUUUGCAAAUUAUCUAGAAGAUGAAGGAUUUAGAGUAUAUCGACCAGUUGAGACAUCAUUGAAAAUAAAACGUGAAUUAGAUUUAUUCUAUAAAGAUGUUGAAGGUCGUGCUUUGUUUUUCCAAUAUGUGAUCUUAGAAACUUACAGAAAAGAAGUAGAAAAGAUAAAUCAAUUAACUGGUUAUGAUUAUGUGAUCUUUGAUCGUACACAUAUUGAUACUGAAGUGUUUACUCAUCUUAAUAUAAAAGAACAUGAUAUUUUAGACUAUUUACAAGAGAGAAGGUUAGAAAUUGAUCUUAAAAAUAUUCACAAGGUUAUUUAUAUUAAACCAAGAAUUGAAAAUAUGUUGAAACAACAAAAAAAAAGAAAUUGA